UCAACAAGGCAGAUAUGCUAUGUUAUAAAGGGUAGCAUGCAUGGCUGCUUGUUGGUAGGAGGCCCUGAGUUGAAUAUUAUGUAGAGGGCGUGGUUGUAACCUUAUUCCGUCCGUGCUGUUUCAUGCUGAGUUUUUGUUCUUCAUCCGAGAAGGAUAAUACUUCCUGGUUGGCAGCCUCGGUACAGUAAUGCAGUAUGGCGAACGUACGAGGAGGUGUUCUCGUCGCUCUGUCGCUGUUUGUUGUAGCUGCGACAGCAGCCACGUGUUCUGGGGGCACCUACGGCUUCCAGUGUGCAUACCAUUGCAACUGUCCUCCAGCUGAGUGUCAUGAUGUCAAUGGAUGUAAUAGUACGGAUUGUUACCCGGGAUGGUCAGGGCCAACCUGCCAGAAAGGUAACCUUCUCCUGAAUCUCACCAGCGAUGCGUUCAAAUCAAGUGAAACAGGCACGGACGUAGAGAAGGCUUCAGAUGGGAACACUUCUACUGAUGUAUCUUCUAUGUGCUUCAAAACGAGGAACACCGAUGCCAAUUUUACAUGGUUGCGAGCCGACCUUUGUAACAACACAUUAGUGAACGAAGUCACCAUCUACUUCAGAACUGACUAUACAGUUGGCCGAUCUGAAAUCCAGGUUCAUCUGACAAAUAGCUCAGACACUAUACCAAAUGGUCACACCUGCAACAACGUCACUGGCAAAGCUAAUGGAACAGUGACAAGUGUUACAUGUGCCACAUACGGGCGCUUCCUCCUCUUGUACUCCUCUUUUAAGGGCACAAACUUGACAACACCAAGGAUGGUCUUAUGUGAAGUGGAAGUUAACGUAUGUGGGCCCGGCACCUAUGGUAACGAGUGCAGUGAGUACUGCCACUGUGAUAGUGAGGCGUGCAACUACAUCGACGGGGUCUGUCCUUCAAGAGUUUGCCAGCCAGGGUGGCAUAGAACGCAUUGCAAUCAAAUUUGCGAUAAUGGAACGUACGGGAUCAACUGCUCCGGACAAUGUGGAGAACGAAACUGCUCAAAUGGCAACUUCACUUGUGACCACGAAACAGGGGAGUGUGUUGGGGGCUGCAACACAGGGUGGGGCGGAACAGACUGUACAAAGGGUUGUGAUGCAGGCCAAGAAUAUGGUGCAGGGUGCAGCAGAAAUUGCAGUGACCGGAUGUGCGAGAAACACAGCAACUGUUCCGAGUUGACUGGGCAGUGUGAGGGCGGAUGUCAGCCAGGGUGGAUGGGAGAGGACUGCUAUGAACAUUGCGAUAAUGGAACGUACGGAAUCAACUGCUCCGGACAAUGUGGUGAACGAAACUGCUCAAAUGGCAACACCACUUGUGACCACGAAACAGGGGAGUGUGUUGGGGGCUGCAACGCAGGGUGGGGCGGAACAGACUGUACAAAGGGUUGUGAUGCAAGCCAAGAAUAUGGUGCAGGGUGCAGCAGAAAUUGCAGUGACCGGAUGUGCGAGAAGCACAGCAACUGUUCCGAGUUGACUGGGCAGUGUGAGGGCGGAUGUCAGCCAGGGUGGAUGGGAGAGGACUGCUAUGAACGAUGUGGUAACAAGACGUAUGGUGAAAACUGUACAGGAACUUGUGGAGAAUGUCGCGAUAAAACCACGUGUGAUCACAUCAAUGGGACAUGCAAGGCGGGGUGUGGUGCUGGAUGGACCGGGAACCUCUGUGGUGAAAAGUGCAGAAACGGUACUUUCGGCGAGGAAUGUUCAGAACAUUGUGGCAAGUGUGCCAUUGGCGGCUGCCACCACAUGAACGGGACAUGUGCGGAGGGUUGUCAGACGGGGUACGAAGGAGACCAAUGUCGGACAGACUCAUCACAGACCAUCCCGAAGACCACCAUCAUUGCCGCAGCAGCAGGGGGAGGAUGCGCCGUUGUCGUGAUUGUAUUGAUUAUAAUAGGACUGUGCAUAAGAAGGCGCAGAAACAGGAAAACUUCUCAACUAGCUGCAAAUGGAUAUUCUACAGUUUCCUCACAAGAGAAAGCGCCCCAGGAUGCACCUCCAGUUGUGUACAGCAAUGUGACAUUCACGGGCGAAGGAGAGGAUUUAGAUGACAAUGUCAAGGAGGAGGAACAAGGCGAUGCUGCUGAUAAGCGAGUUGAUGAGGUUGACGAAGUUGUUGAGGUGGAUGAAGUUGAAGCUGUGGUAGAGGAUGUUGAUGGAGACGUGGACCACCAAGAGAUGGAAGAGCCAGAUGGGGACAGCACCUACUACAACCUGGAGAGUCCCCCUCUCAACACUGAGGUGGGGGUGGACAAGCUGGGGGACAGGAUCAAGGAGAUGCAGGCCACUAAGUAUGGAUUCCAGAAGGAAUUCCGGCUGUUGUUCGUCGGCUUCACGAGGCCAUACGGAGUUUCACAGCAAGAUGGACACCAAGGAAAGAACAGGUUCCAAGGGUACUACCCAUAUGAUUAUAACCGGGUCCUGCUGUCCAAGUCUUCGGAUGAUCCGCACUCUCACUACAUCAAUGCCAGCUAUAUUGAUGGAUUCACGCAGAAGAAGGCGUAUAUUGCAGCACAAGCCCCAAACACGCAGACUGUUUGUGAUUUCUGGAGGAUGAUCUGGGAGAUUAACUGCUCAAGGAUUGUGAUGCUGACAAAUCUGGUUGAAACCGGCAAAGUGAAAUGCGAACCCUACUGGUUGGACAAGGGUGACCUGGAUGUAGGCCUCUUCACCAUCUCUGUCACGAAGAUCUGCCACAGAUCACACUGGAUCAUCAGGGACCUCGAAGCAAAAUCUAAAGAGACAGGAAACAGUCGUCAUUUCCAACAGUUUCACUUCAUUACCUGGCCGGACCAUGGCACACCCGACAGUACGGCUCUUAUGGAAUUCCUGUGGCGGAUCAGGGCAACACCCAAUCCACAAGGCAGUCCUCUGCUCGUUCAUUGCAGCGCUGGUAUCGGGCGGACAGGGACGUACAUCGCUAUGGACUACCUGCUGGACCAGGCUCUGGCUGACCGGAAGCUGGAUGUGUUCGGGUUUGUGACACAGAUGAGAGAUCAAAGAAAGGGGAUGGUGCAGACAAAGGAGCAGUAUGCAUUUAUAUACACAACGCUUCACCAAGCUCUGACAUUCGGUGACACGGCCAUGGACGUGUCUGAAUUCCGCCACAAGAGGUCCACGAACAAGACAUUUCCUAUGGGAUCCAUGGAUAUCAGAGUCUUCUUGGAGCGAGCAAACCAGGAAAUCAAGAUCGCAUCAUCGGCCAAGGAGACUAAAGGCAGGAUAUGGUUAGAUGAGAAGAAGGACAUCUGGGCCGUCUCGUCACCGUCAAGGCUGUGUGUGAGAGGCUAUGUCGUCACGGAGGUUCCAUCGACAACGACGUCUCCUCUAUUCUGGAGGCUCACGGAGGACACGCGGUCGACAAAUGUCAUAACAAUGCUACUGAAUUUCAAGAAUGUGGAACAUUUUCUUUCUACCCCUGGGAACAACCUUGACCUCAACUCAGUCAAUGUCAACUGCAUCGGAGAGACCAACGUCAAUCCUGACAUCACCCUGAGGAACUUCAAGAUUCAGACUAGGGGUUCUUCAACACCGACGUCAGUGGACGUGUACCUCAUGCACCAAUUGUCUACAGUCUCCCAUUCCUCUCUGCUUGAACUCAUGGAAGCUAUUGACCUUUCUGCAACGGGAGAUAAUUCACUUCCGGUCACGGUUGUGUUCAGCGAGGCAACGCGGCGGCAAGCUAUUCUUUUCUGCAUCCUCAACAACAUCAUUCAAGGUGUGAAGCAUGACAGCACAGUAGAGAUCUACAACAACAUCAGAUACAUGACUCACCUCCUCCAAGACAACGUCACAGUGGAGGACGUAUCGCUAUGUUUUGAUGUUGCCUCAGCCUACCUGGACCCGGAGAGUGUCUAUGCUAACUUGUAAAGCUUCUCAUGCGUACAUACACCGUGAGAGUCAACGUUAACUUGUACAGCUAUACACAUGUACAUUCUCAGAGAGAGUCUACGCUGACCUGUACAACUACACACACAUGUACAUAUUCACAGAGAGUCUACGCUAACUUGUAAAGCUCCCUACGUGUACACACACCCAGAGACAGUCUAUGCUAACUGUACAACUACAAACACAUGUAUAUACUCAGGGAGUGUCUGUGCUAACUUGUAAAGCUCCCCACGUGUACAUACUCAGAGAGUGUCUAUGCUAACUUGUAAGGCUCCCCACGUGUACAUACUCAGAGAGUGUCUAUGCUAACUGCACAACUACACACGCAUGUGCAUACUCAAAGAGUGUCAAAUGCUAACUUGUAAAGCUCCCCACGUGUACACACUCACAGAAAGUCAAUGCUAACUGCACAACUACACACACAUGUAUAUACUCAGAGAGUGUCUAUGCUAACUUGUAAGGCUCCCCACGUGUACAUACUCAGAGAGUGUCUAUGCUAACUGCACAACUACACAUGCAUGUACAUACUCAGAGAGUGUCUAUGCUAACUUGUAAGGCUCCCCACGUGUACAUACUCAGAGAGUGUCUAUGCUAACUGCACAACUACACACGCAUGUACAUACUCAGAGAGUGUCUAUGCUAACUUGUAAA